AUGCACAUCAUCGUAAACGCAUUGGGGAUUGCCAUACUUAAUUGCACAGAACGUUUAACUGUAACUGUUCUGCGUACUGCCACAAAAGUAACAAAUUCUGCAGUGUGCCAUCAUAAAAAAGCAGCAGCCAAAAAGAUGGCUGCUGAUAUCAAAUUCAAUAGUUCGUUAACAACUUCCGAUCCAUACUAUAAGCCCGUUCUCAUAAUUGGACAGUUGCGCCACUUAAAUUUGUUAAAAUUUUCAAAUGUAUCAUGUAAAUUAGAUUCACGUGUCGAUGAGACUACAUUCAAGCAUGCCAUUGCUUGUUUACAUCCCUCACCUACGGAUAAGUGUUCUCUGUAUUUGGAUUGUGCCACCGUAGCGGCUGUGCCGCUCAAAUGCUCCCGUCAUAAUACACCUUCGCGUUCGCACGCCAUUACUCGUCUAGUUCGGACCCACAUUAUGCACGCCAACGAAGAGAGUGUUGUUAUUGUGUGCGAUCGUGGUGAUCUUUUUGCUAGUGCUUGUGCUGUAGCGCGGGCUUUUCCUCUGUAUUCUCGAAAAACUAGUGGUGGCCAAAGUAAAUCUGAAAAUUAUUCUCAAGAUGAGGUUAUGGACAACGAUGACAACUACGACAGUGCCAAGCCCAUAAUAAAUGUUGAAUUCAUUAUCAUUGAAAAGGAUGGACAAGUUUGCGAAGAGCCCCUAAGCUCCACGGAUAUUUUAUGUGUUGAAGAGGCGGCGCGUGGUAUACGUUUAGCGGCACGUAUCGUAGAUAUGCCCUGCAAUGAAAUGAACGUAAGUCAUUUUGUGAAAGAAGCUGAAAUAAUAGCGAAAGAAUUAUGCAUAAAGCCUGCUGUAAUACGUGGUGAAGAGUUGCGUGAACGCGGAUUUGGUGGAAUUUAUGGUGUUGGCAAAGCAGCCGCUGUGCCACCGGCUUUGGUUGUACUCUCUUAUGAACCAAAAGGCGCCCAGGAUACUAUUGCUUUGGUCGGCAAGGGUAUUGUUUAUGAUACAGGCGGUUUGAGCAUUAAAGGCAAGACAGCUAUGCCGGGUAUGAAGCGUGAUUGUGGCGGUGCUGCGGCUAUUUUGGGUGCCUUUUAUGCGGCCAUCAAAUGUGGCUUCACAGAAAACUUACAUGCCGUUUUAUGUUUGGCGGAAAAUGCGGUGGGUCCGAACGCUACUCGUCCAGAUGAUGUGCACACUUUGUAUUCUGGUCGUACUGUUGAAAUUAACAAUACUGAUGCUGAGGGGCGUCUCGUAUUGGCUGAUGGUGUUAGUUACGCCCACAAGGAUCUGAAGGCCAACAUUAUUUUGGAUAUGGCUACUUUAACCGGUGCUCAGGGCAUAGCAACGGGCAAACUCCACGGUGCCAUACUCACCAACACCGAAGAAUGGGAAACGAAAGCGUUGGAAGCUGGUCGUAGAUCUGGUGAUUUAUUAGCGCCAAUAAUUUACUUACCGGAAUUGCAUUUUUCGGAAUUUGCGUCAGCUAUAGCCGAUAUGAAGAACUCCGUUGCGGAUCGUAAUAACGCUCAACCGUCCUGUGCUGGUGUCUUUGUUGGCGCUCAUCUAGGGUUCGAUUAUCCCGGUGUUUGGAUGCAUGUCGAUAUGGCUACUCCAGUAUCGACGGGUGAACGUGCCACCGGCUAUGGCGUAGCCCUCUUACUAACACUCUUCGGCAACUAUACAAAAUGCAGUCUGCUGCAAUCGAUUGCACCCAACGAUGCGGAACCGCCAACGAAGCGCGUUUGUCGUGAUUAGGCAGCAACAAAAAUGUUACAAUCCCAGUAUGACUUAUUCCCGAAAUAUGAAAUACAUCACCAAGCGAAGUACGGUAGCAUGGAACGAAGAGGCGUCCGUCCAGCUUUGCUUGAUGCUGCAGCGAACAGCAGCAGCAUGAGUUAUUAGGGGAGAGAACAACAAUGCCAGUAAUCGCUUCCAUCACGCUUUACGUUUUAUCGCAGCGGUUUUUUUUACUUUAUUUUCGGUUUAUUACUAUUUUGGAUUUUUUUUGUGUGGUUUGGUCUAACCAAUGUGUACACUUUUGAGCGCGUUUUCAAUUUCAAUUGUAAACGAUAUUAUCCGUAAAUUCUACUUACUCUUCUUUAUCUUGUAUUGUGAAGUAAAAGGAAUAAACUUAUAUAAAAAUAAAAACGAAA